GUUGGUUCCAUCAUCCGUCUUCGAACGCAAAAUCUGUCCCCAUAAACCCAACGAAGAAAGAGGGAUCGAUGUCCGCAACCUCACCUGAACUCGACCUUCAACUCUGACCCGACCCGGAACUCUCCCAAUCCUGAUGGAGAUAGCACCAGCUCCGUCGCCCCCUCUUAAUGGGGCCGACGGAAGCGCCGCCACGGCCUCCUCUUCCUCGCCGACACUGUCAUCGUCUCCGGGAGUUUUGGUGGAUAAGGAGGAUAGGGCGGCAUCUUCGAUGGCGGCGGCGGCGAUGUUUGAGGACGAGGACGAGGACGUCUGCAGGAUCUGCCGGAACCCGGGGGAUGUCGACAACCCGUUGAGGUUCCCUUGCGCCUGCAGCGGGAGCAUAAAGUUUGUGCACCAGGAUUGCCUGCUUCAGUGGCUUAAUCACAGCAACGCUCGCCGAUGCGAGGUUUGCAAACAUGCAUUUUCUUUCUCCCCUGUUUAUGCGGAGAAUGCCCCGGCAAGGCUUCCCUUUCAGGAGUUUUUAGUAGGGAUGGCAACGAAAGCUUGCCAUGUUCUGCAAUUCUUUUUGCGCCUUAGUUUUGUACUGUCCGUCUGGCUCCUGAUUAUACCCUUCAUAACGUUUUGGAUAUGGCAGCUGGCUUUUGUGAGAAGUUUUGGUGAAGCACAGAGAUUAUUUCUGAGUCAUAUCUCCACUACAAUAAUUCUUACUGAUUGUUUGCAUGGGUUUCUUCUUUCUGCUAGCAUCGUCUUUAUUUUUCUUGGGGCCAUUUCUCUGAGGGAUUACUUCAGGCAUUUACGAGAACUCAGAGGACAAGAUGCUGAGAGAGAAGAUGAAGGGGAUAGAAAUGGCGCUCGUGCUGCAAGACGUCCUCCUGGACAAGCUAAUAGAAAUUUCAUAGCUGAUGGGAAUGGUGAAGAAGCUGGAGGAGCCCAAGGAAUUGCAGGAGCCGGUCAAGUAAUCCGAAGAAAUGCGGAAAAUGUCGCUGCUCGGUGGGAGAUGCAGGCAGCAAGGCUUGAAGCUCAUGUGGAACAGAUGUUUGAUGGGUUGGAUGACGCUGAUGGGGCAGAGGAUGUGCCCUUUGAUGAGCUUGUUGGCAUGCAGGGUCCUGUAUUUCAUUUAGUUGAAAAUGCAUUCACUGUUCUGUCAAGUAAUAUGAUAUUUCUUGGUGUUGUGAUCUUCGUGCCCUUCUCACUAGGACGGCUUGUACAUUUUUAUGCAUCAUUGAUCUUGUCUACUGCUAGUGGUCCGGUGCUGUCAAUAGUUAUGUCUCUUACCGAGACUGUCCUCUCGUUGGCAAAUAUCACCUUAAAAAAUGCAUUAUCUGCUGUUACAAACUUGACAUCGAAUGGCCAAGAGAAUGGUGUGCUGGAUCAAGUUGCAGAAAUGUUGAAAGUAAAUGUGACUGGACUAAAUGAAGUUUCAAACAACAUUAGCACCCCACUUUCAGCUGAGUUUAUGAAAAGGGCCAGUGUUGGUGCAUCACAAUUCUCUGAUGUUACGACUCUUGCUAUUGGAUACAUGUUUAUAUUUUUGUUAGUCGUCUUUUACCUUGGCAUUAUUGCUCUAAUUCGCUACACAAGGGGAGAACCUUUAACUACGGGGAGAUUUUAUGGUAUUGCUUCAAUAGCAGAGACAAUUCCAUCCCUUGUUGGACAGUUCUUGGCAGCAAUGAAGCAUUUGAUGACCAUGAUUAAGGUUGCCUUUCUAUUGGUGAUUGAACUUGGUGUGUUUCCUUUGAUGUGUGGAUGGUGGCUAGAUGUCUGUACUAUCAGAAUGUUUGGCAAGACUAUGGCUCAAAGAGUUCAAUUCUUUUCUAUUUCUCCCCUGGCAAGCAGUGCGCUGCAUUGGGUAGUGGGGAUUGUAUACAUGCUACAGAUAAGCAUAUUUGUCAGCCUUCUUCGUGGGGUUUUGCGUAACGGAGUUCUUUACUUUCUUCGAGAUCCAGCUGAUCCAAACUACAAUCCCUUUCGUGAUUUAAUUGACGAUCCUGUGCACAAGCAUGUGCGUAGGGUCCUCUUGACUAUCGCAGUCUACGGGAGUUUAAUUGUGAUGCUGAUAUUUUUACCUGUCAAACUCACUAUGCGGAUGGUGCCCUCGGUUUUUCCACUAGAUAUAUCCAGGGUCUCUGAUCCAUUUACCGAGAUUCCAGCUGACCUGCUUGUCUUCCAGAUCUGUAUUCCAUUUGCUAUUGAACAUUUCAAGUUGCGGCGUACAAUAAAAUCUCUUCUACGGUACUGGUUUACGGUAGUUGGCUGGGCACUAGGUUUAACUGAUUUCUUACUUUCCCCAAGUGAAGACAAUGGUGCUCAGGAGAAUGGGAAUGGGGAUCCUGGAAGGCAGGAUAGACUGCAAGUAAUACAAUUUGGUGAACAGGAUCAGGCUGUGGCAGGAUUUCCAGAUGUUGGUGAUCCAAACCGAGGCAUUCUUGCAUCAGAAGAUUCUAAUGUCACAGAGGAGUAUGAUGGCGAUGAUCAAUCUGAUUCCGACAGGUACAGCUUUUUUCUCCGCAUUGUCCUCUUGCUGGUGGUAGCUUGGAUGACGAUGCUAAUCUUUAAUUCUGCCUUGAUAGUUGUACCUAUAUCUCUUGGUCGUGUACUUUUCAAUGCAAUUCCUGUCCUGCCUAUUACCCACGGCAUCAGAUGCAAUGAUUUAUACGCUUUCAUCAUCGGAAGCUAUGUUAUUUGGACUGCUCUAGCUGGAGCUAGGUAUUCCAUCGAGCAUGUUAAAGCUAAGAGGGCAGCAGCUUUGGUUUGCCAAAUCUGGAAAUGGUGUGGCAUUGUUGUCAAGAGCUCUGCACUAUUAUCAAUAUGGAUUUUUGUCAUUCCUCUUUUGGUUGGGCUUCUCUUCGAACUUCUGGUGAUUGUACCAAUGCGGGUGCCUGUAGAUGAAAGCCCAGUUUUUCUCCUGUAUCAGGAUUGGGCAGUGGGACUCAUUUUUCUUAAGAUAUGGACUAGAUUGGUUAUGUUGGAACACAUGAUGCCAUUGGCGGGUGAAAGCUGGCGAAUGAAAUUUGAAAGGGUUAGAGAAGACGGUUUCUCUAGGCUGCGAGGUCUUUGGGUUUUGCGAGAGAUUGUGUUGCCUAUAAUCAUAAAUCUUCUUACAGCCUUGUGUGUGCCAUACGUACUUGCUAGGGGGGUGUUUCCUGUGCUUGGUUGCCCAUUGGUAGUAAAUUCAGCGGUGUAUAGAUUUGCAUGGCUUGGAUGCCUCUGCUUCAGUGUGCUGUGCUUUGGUGCCAAGAGAUUUCACUUCUGGUUCACCAACCUCCACAACUCCAUACGUGAUGACCGCUAUUUAAUUGGUCGUAGGCUUCAUGAUUUUGGGGAAGAUAGUCAUGAGAAGGAAAAUGAUGUAGGAACAUCAUCUGAAUCGCAGAGUUCUCAUUUGGGUAGUGCUGGUUUGGUUCUAGAUGAGCGCGAAGGCGAUGUAGGACUGAGGCUAAGACAUGUUACUCAGCAAGAUGCCUAAUUUAAUGUGGAAGAUUCCGAUGAAGUCUCAACUCUAAUUAACACUGCAUUUGAAAUAUUUAGAUGCGUUGACAUAGGAUUUGGGUGAAUUCUGAAGGCCCUAUGCAAUAUGCUCAUAAUUUUAGGUUCCUUGUAUUGUACAUAAUAGUAAAUGUUUACUUGCUUGGUCAUUAGGGGAGAAAGUGACUUUUGUUUUUUCUUUUUGAGAUAGAAUCAUAUGAACAUUUGAUUGAUGUGUCAGAUUGUUGAAGAGGCCAUAAGUGCAUUUCCCUUUGCAUGGAACUUGCAUUACAAGGGCUCUGAGUCAAUGGUUUAUUUUGUUUUGUUGUACUUAAGAACAUCGGUUCUGCUAAGUAGGAAAAUUGAAGGCUUUUUGUGCA